AUCACCAUCCUAUUUAACGCCUGGGCUUUUAACACAUUGUGAUUGAGCUAUUAUUAGAAACAAUGGAUUAUCAAUUAGGAUUUAAUCCUGAUUGAUGUGCUUGUCCCAGCUGGAAAAGAACUCACUCAGUGCUUUGUUGGUUGUUUUCAUCUCUGUGAUGACAGAAGGUGGUUCUAGCUUUUCUUUUCUUUAGAAGAUGACAUGAGAGAGAAGAAGUUUUUUUUUUUUUUUCUAACCAGAUAUUUUUCAGCAGCUUGUCCUUUUCAGGACGUGAGGAGACCAUUGAAGAAGACAUUCAUUUAUUUAGCUCCUUCACUCAAUCAUCCUCUCCCUCAACUCUUUGCCUGACUGGCUGCUGAGCUGACUGACUGCCUGGUUGGCUCCCUCUCUCACUGGAGUCUCGCUAUCGGUUCACUCAAACAGUGCGCGAGCUACGCUGAGGCAGAGGUGGAGAGACAGUUGGGCUACUCAGGGUUUGGAAAGCAGAAGCUCUAUGAAAUUUCUCUUUGUGUUUGGUUUGGUGGAAUAUUAAAUGUGAGAAAAGGAAAUCUCUGCCUCCACCAGCACAGACCACUGACCACCACUCCUGUGCUGCAUCCAUGACUUUGCAUAACUGGUUUGUGUACGGAUUUGGAUUUAUCUUGGUUUGGAUGCUCUGCUUGACAAAAGUCCACGGCCUGCAGUGUUAUGGCUGCAACAUUAUCCAGGGCCAGAGGUAUGUGGACGUGGGCUGCUCCAACCCAGAAGUCAUCACCUGCACCCACUCACACAAGGGCUUCAAACACAGAUUCUGCAUCAAGACGGAGAGCACGGCCCUGGGAAUCGUCUUGACCAGUGGCUGUGCUACAUCAAGACACUGCCAGCAACAAGAGCUGCCAGGGGUGCGAAUCCACUGCUGUGACUCUGACCUAUGUAACAGCACCCCCCUCUGGCAUCCAAGUACACUCCACUACAUCUGUGCACUACUCAGUGUCCUGCUGCUGAGGAUGUGGUUGUGAUCUGCUCAAAAAUGAAGUAGAUGAACUCUUCUCAUAGCUGCUUGUGUUAUCAGCUGAAUGAGUGUGUAACUCAGUGUGGUGUUACUGGUAUGCACCAUGAAAUAGGUUUUGUCACAAUGUUGGCUUGGGACAAACGAUCACAGCAAUGGCAAAAUAACACUGUGAACAUGUUUGAGCAAAUAAUUCUGCAGCAUCGUACAGUCAUCAGUAAAUUUUUUGUGCACAUCCACUUACUCAAAUGUAGCUUCGGGUAUGGAAAAUUGUGAAACAUUUGUGUGGGAUUUAACCUGUUAGUUAAAUAUAAACACCUUGUAUGAAGUAAAGCAUAAAUAUGCUGACUUCAGCUUUCUAAAAUCUCAGAUCCACUUGAACAGGAAGACAUACAUUCCUUUCUGUGUCAAGGAGUUUGCUAUCUUUUUCAAGCUCAAAUAUGUGUUGGAUAUGUUCUUCUAAAGUCACAGAUUGUUCACUUUUAAGAGUAAGAAAUAUGUUUUCAGUUUGUUGGCGGGGGCCACAGGCCAAAUUUGGGAGAACACACUGCAUGUAAUUUAACCCUAUGGAAUAUUGUUCAGUGAAAGCAUGUAAUGU